AUGUUGCGGUUGUCUCGGUUGCCUCUGAGGGUGGGGACGUCCCUGGAGAACCUGGCCGUGCUGCCCAGCCUCGUGUUACUUUUGCGCCAAUACAGAGAGCUCGCACACCUGAUGAGGAAGCUUUGCAGCAGGCUGUCGCCACUGUUCAAGCCCGCCCCGUCGGGCGACGACGACGCUGGCGUCCCGGGCGUGGAGCGCUUCGGCCCGGGCCACUGCGUGUCGACGUGGAAGACGGAGGCGUCCCGCUGCAUGGUGCGCACGGACUGUGCCCAACAUGACAUCACGAGGUACCCCAUCGCGAUACUCUGCGUGGACUCCUCCGGAGGCAUGGUGAGGCACGUGUUCGGCGAGGACUCCUUCGCUCCAGAGGAGACCUUCGACACCCUGAUCGUCUGCGAGGAGUGCAGGGCGGACAUCGGGGCGCAGGGGCGCGUGGGGGACGCCCGGGCGCUCAACGCCACGCUGCAGGCCUUCGUCAGGGAGGUGGACGAGAUCAAGCAGAAAGCCGUGGCCUGCAAGGCCGAGGGGAAGGACCCCGGCAGUGGCCCGCCUCGGCCGCGCGUGCUUCUCGCGUUGCACCAGCACCUCACGACGCGGACCACAGGGGUGGACCCCGCUGCAUGGAAGGCGAUCGAUCUGCUGCUCGAGCAUAGGUACUGCCGCAAGUGCAAGAAGCAUACCACCCACAAGGUCUCGCAGUACAAGACCGGCAAGGCAUCAUUAUCUGCCCAAGGGAAGAGGCGUUACGACAAGAAGCAGGCGGGCUUCGGCGGGCAGACGAAGCCAGUGUUCCACAAGAAGGCCAAGACCACCAAGAAGAUCGUGCUGAAGUUUGAGUGCACCAAGUGCAAGGCAAAGCGCAUGAAGCCCAUCAAGCGCACGAAGCAUUUCGAGUUGGGUACCGAUUCCAAGAAGGGCAAGAACGAAUACGGCUCCAAGUACCGCUGA